CAGACUCACAUGAUUCUAUCCCUGACAACCCUACAAAAAAUACUUUGCACAAAUUUUCAAAAACAUCCUUGUCUCCUGUGUCACCUGCUGAGAGACUUCAUGUCCUGGUCACCUCUGAAACCUGGAGGUGGGUCGUAAAGAGGGUGGAGUCUCAGGGAAAGAAAAUGAGGCCCUAGGACGCUUGGGUCCACAUCCGGGUGCCCAGAGAUGUCGCCACCACAGCUGCUGCUGUCCCUGCUGCUGCUGAUGCUGCUGGAUGUGGAGCCCAGUGGAGCUACACUGAUUCGAGUCUCUCUUCGCCGAGUCCACUCAGGACACAAGACCCUAAACUUACUGAGGAGAUGGAGAGAACCAGCAGAGCUCUCCAGUUUAGAGGCCUCAUCUCCUGGGAACAAGCUGGGCCUUGUGCCUCUCUCUGAUUUCUUGGAUGUCCAGUAUUUUGGGGAAAUUGGGCUGGGAACACCUCCACAAAACUUCUCUGUUGUCUUUGACACUGGCUCCUCCAAUCUCUGGGUCCCAUCAAGGAGAUGCCACUUCUUCAGUGUACCCUGCUGGUUUCACCAUCGCUUCAAUCCAAAUGCCUCUAGCUCCUUUCAGCCCAAUGGGACCAAGUUUGCCAUUGAAUAUGGAAGUGGACGGCUGAAUGGAAUCCUGAGCAAGGACAAGCUGACUAUUGGGGGACUCAAGGGUGCAUCAGUGGUUUUCGGGGAAGCUCUGUGGGAGCCCAGCCUGACCUUCACUUUUGCCCCCUUUGACGGGAUACUGGGCCUUGGUUUUCCCAUUCUGGCCGUGGAAGGAGUUCGCCCUCCACUGGAUGUAUUGGUGGAGCAGGGGCUACUGGAUAAGCCUGUCUUCUCCUUUUACCUCAACAGGGACCCUGAUGUGGCUGAUGGAGGAGAGUUGGUUCUGGGGGGCUCAGACCCAGCACACUACAUCCCACCCCUCACCUUUGUGCCAGUCACAAUCCCUGCAUACUGGCAGAUCCACAUGGAGCGUGUGAAGGUGGGCACAGGGCUGACUCUCUGUGCCCAGGGCUGUGCUGCCAUUUUGGAUACAGGCACAUCUUUAAUCACAGGACCCACUGAAGAGAUCCGGGCCCUGCAUGCAGCCAUUGGGGGAAUUCCUCUGCCACCUGGGGAGCAUCUCAUCGAGUGCUCGGAAAUCCCAAGGCUCCCCCCAGUCUCCUUCCUCCUUGGAGGAGUCUGGUUUAACCUCACGGGGAAGGACUACGUCGUCCAGAUUACGUGGGGUGGUGUCCAUCUCUGCUUAUCCGGCUUCCAGCCCUUGGACAUGCCUCCGCCUGCAGGCCCCCUCUGGAUUCUCGGUGACGUCUUUUUGGGAGCCUACGUAGCGGUCUUCGACCGCGGGGACACAAACACCGGUGCCAGGGUGGGCCUUGCUCGUGCACGUCCUCGAGCGUCUGGCGGGCGAGGGGGCGGGCCAGCGCAGGCGCAGUUGUCAGGUUGACGCCCCAGUUGAGCGCAGGCGCACAGGACAGUAUUGUAGGUACA